AUAAGUAAUACCACCACUCGAGUGUCCAACGCUAUGCUCACUUCACUUCACCUCGGUUUUAUUUAAUAUACACUUUUAGCAAUAUAUACGCACAUCAGCCAAACAAUAUGUUCAAGUUUCUUUUCAUCAUCGCGUUGAAUUUUGCAUUGGCAGUUGCUACUGCCAUAAAUUACCCGACAGGUCUCUACAGGCGCGUCAUUGUCGACAGCGCUGAAAAUAAAUCCAAUUCAACGAAUGAUGUCAGUGCUGGGCUAAUAGCCGGAGUCACUGUUGCUGUCAUCUUGGGUCUUCUUCUUCUUUCAUUUGGUGUCACAUUCCUGAUCUCUCGCUAUAGCCGCAAAAAGGCUGCCAACAUUAACAAGUAGAUGGGAAUAAUAAGCGCUAAUACAGGCAGGCGGACAAUAUUUUCGAUAGUAUCAAAGAAAUAUUAAGGCUUGUCGCAUGUGUAAGUGUAAAUGUGAGUGUGUGUUUGUAGCUUUCUUCUAUUUCUUUGCUUUGUAUUUUACUUUUUGCAAAGCGUAUAAAAAAGGUGAGUAAAAUGUGCGACUUUUUUUCAAAGGGCCAAGACAACACGGUCAGUUUUUGUUUUUACAUUGAUGCGAAAA